AUGUGCCUUCAUGUGUUUAGCAAUAGUCCAUCACCUGUUGUAAUUACAUAUGAACUUCAAGGAACUGCACAGAAUGCUGAAGCUACCUAUGGAAUUGACGUCCGCAGUUUUGUGAAGCGCAAUUUUUAUGUUGACGAUGGUUUGAUUUCUAUGUCAUCUGCAGAGAAAAUCAGCAGCCUGAUAAAGAGAACAGAGCAAGCUUUGUUGGAAGAAGGGGGUCCUAGGCUUCACAUAUUUGUAUCCAACAGCAGUGAUGUGAUGAAACAUUUUUCUACUGAAGACCUUGCAAAAGACCUGAUGUCACUCGAUCUUUUGAAAGAUAACCUUCCCAUUCAGCGUAUUUUAGGGAUAAGCUGGAAUCUACGAACUGAUUCAUUUACAUUCAGACUCUCCUUAGACGAGAAGCCAUGCAAUCGCAGAGGAGUCCUGUCUUGUGUGAAUAGCUUCUAUGAUCUACUAGGAUCUAUAGCACCAGUUCUUAUUAGAGGUAAAUUGCUGUUGAGAAAGUUGACACUAGAAUCUACAGACUGGAAUCAACAUCUACCUCAAAAUACCAGGAGGAGUGGGAAGAGUGGAAACAACAACUACUGCAUCUUGAGAACCUGGAAAUCCGUCGUCCUUAAAUUCAGCGUGCCAACUGAGAGUCUCGUCAGGAAAGAUGUUCAUGUUUUCACAGAUGAGUCAUAA